AGCCCUCCCACUUCCGCCUUUGGGGACCGACUUUGCUUGCCGGAAAGCUGGAGGACCGAGGCGGGAGCCAAACUGGGGAAGGCUGGAAGGGGAGAAGCCCAGUCUGGGAAACUAUAAUAUAAAUUUCAGUUCUGCAGUGCCAUUCCUGAGGGAUCGUUCUGAGGUGAAAAUGGAGGUGCAGGAUCCCACACGCCCUGACUUGGAGCUAUAUGAGUGUAUUGAAAAAAUUCCUCAGGUCCUCCAGGCUAGGUGUAUGAAGGGAAUUCUGGAAAGGAGACCAGGAGAUCUGAUGAGUCCACAGGGAGUGGAGAGAUUCCUUUCCCAUAAGCAGUGGGAAGCCCAGUGGAAGGAGGUCCUUGGGACAGUGGAGAGCCUUCACUCUUCAUGGGGAAUCCCCCCCUUGCCAGAGAAACCUUCCCCCUGGGAGGAUGCCAACGCCUUUCUGGUCUCCUUUGAGCAAGUGGCCGAAGCCUGUCAGUGGCCAAAGCAAGACUGGGCAACUCAACUCCUACCAGCCCUCAGAGGAGAAGCUAAGUGGGCCUUUUACAGUCUGGGCCUUUCAGACAGAGAGGAUUAUGGGAAGGUGAAGGCAGCCAUCUUGCAAGGAGAUGCCCUGAGCCGGGAGAAACAGCGUCAGCAGUUCAGGAGUUUCAGCUACCAGGAGUCUGAAGGACCUCGGAGAGCAUACAAAAGACUAUGGGAAAUGUGCCAUGGGUGGCUGAGAGUGGAGAAUCACAGCAAGGAGCAGAUCCUGGAGUUCUUGGUCCUGGAGCAAUUGCUGAGCAUCCUGCCCCUGGAGAUCCAGAGCCGGGUGAAGGAAAGCAGCCCCGAGAGCUGCUCCCAGGCAGUGGCCCUGGCUGAGGAGUUCCUCUUGAGGCAGGAGAAGCAGGUCCCUUCGGAGAAGAUAGUUGGGAGCUUCUCCAAGAUGGGCCAGCUUCUACCUCAGAGUGAGCAGAGUCCUCCAUUGUUGGUUGUCAAGGAAGAAGAGGAUGGAGCAGCUGCCCUGAUGGCCGGCUUUUCUGCAGGGAGAGGCUCCAUGUGGAGGAGGAGAACGUAUUCUGUUCCUGCGACACCAGUACUGAGUGAUCAUUUAGACCAAGAAAUGGAGAAAGAGACUCCCACUGUUCCCAAAUUAGGGGAACUAUCGCAGGGGAGAGGAAUCACCCCUCGUCUCCUCCAGACUGCAAGUACCAGGGAAAUCCUGCAAAGGAGAACAGGACAUCUGAUGAAUCAGCCUGCAGGGGAAGGAUCCCUUUCCCUCAAGCAGUGGGAAGCCCAGUGGCAGGAAUUCCUCAAGACGCUGGAGUCUUCCCACUCUCCAUGCAGGAUGCCCCCCUUGCUAGAGAAAGCUUCCCCUUGGGAGGAUGCCAAGGCCUUUCUGGCUGCCUUUGAGCAAGUGGCCGAGGCCUGUCAGUGGCCCCAGGAAGAGUGGGCGACCCGACUCCUGCCGGCCCUCAGUGGAGAUGCCAAGCAGGCCUUUAACUGGCUAGAUAUCCAAGGCAGAGAGGAUUAUGGGAAGGUGAAGGCCGCCAUCUUGCAAGGAGAAGCCUUGAGCAGGGAAAAACAGCGUCAGCACUUCAGGCGUUUCUGCUACCAGGAGGCUGAGGGGCCCCGGGAGGCUUACAGCCGCCUGUGGAGAAUGUGCUGCAGGUGGCUGAGAGUGGAGAACCACAGCAAGGAGCAGAUCAUGGAGCUCUUGGUCCUGGAGCAACUGCUGAGCAUCCUGCCCCCAGAGAUCCAGAGCCAGGUGAGGGGAAGCGGCCCUGAGAGCUGCUCCCAGGCGGUGGCCCUGGCCGAGGAGUUCCUCUUGAGGCAGGAGAAGCAGGCGCCCUCAGAGGAGGCAGAUAAGAACAUCUCCAAGGCAGGCCGGGAUCUGUCUGAAAGCGAGCAGAGGCAUCCCUUGAUGGACAUCAAAGAAGAGGAGGGCAGAGAGGAUGGCCUGCUGGGGGAUGAUCAGCAGAACGAGGAAGAACAGGAAUUGCAUAGGUUGUCAUUGGGGAAAGCCAAGAAUCAAGAAUUGAAAGGGAACUUCAAGAAUCUUGAUGAAGUAAAGGGACAGGAAGGAAUCCACCUGAUUGAGAAGGGGGAGCAACUCUAUCUAUGCCAAGGCUGGGAUUUCUGUGAAGUAAUUCACACGAGGGAGGAAACAUACAAAUGCUUGGAAUGUGGAUUGGCUUUCUCAGAUCAAUCUCAAUAUAAUACCCAUUUGCAAAAGCACAGUGGAAAGAACGCUCUUAAAUGUUUGGAGUGCGGAAAGAGCUUCAGUUGCUUAUCAGAGCUUUUCGCGCAUCAAAGAAUCCACAAAGCUGGGAGAGCAUAUAUCUGCUCACCGUGUGGCAAGAGUUUUGCACAUAAAGCAAACUUCAUUUUGCACCAAAGAAUUCAUAUGGAACAGAAGCCAUUUAACUGCUCAGGGAGUGGAAAGAGUUUCUCUGAUGGAAAAGGGGGUAAUGUACAUUUUCCAAAACAUAGUAGUAUGAAGGCAUCAAAAUGCUUUCAGUGUGGAAAGUGCUUUAGAUACAAAUCUCAGCUUCUUGCGCACCAGAGAACCCACACAGGAGAGAAACCUUUUGAAUGCUCAGAGUGUGGGAAGAAAUUCAUUAAGGGUUUUCAUCUUCAGCGGCAUCAAAGAACCCACACAGGGGAGAAACCUUUUGAAUGCCCAGAGUGUAGAAAGAAAUUCAAUCAGUGUUGCAAUUUUCAACAGCAUCUAAGAACCCACACAGGGGAGAGACCUUUUCAUUGCUCAGAGUGUGGGAAGAGUUUCAACUGGAUUGCCAAUCUUCAUCGGCAUCAAAGAACCCACACAGAGAGGAAACCUUUUGCAUGCUUUGAAUGUGGAAAGAGUUUCAAUUGGAAAGCAAAUCUUGAAUUGCAUCGAAGAAUCCACACAGGGGAGAAACCUUUUGAAUGCUCAGACUGUGGAAAGAAAUUUAGUAGGAGUUCCCAUCUUCAACGGCAUCAACAAAUCCACACAGGCAAAAAACCUUUUGAAUGCUCAGAGUGUGGAAAGAAAUUCAGUCAGAGUUUCCAUCUUCUGCAACACCAAAGAAUCCACACAGGGGAGAAACCUUUUGAAUGCUCAGAGUGUGGAAAGAAAUUCAGUCAGAGUUACCAUCUUCAGCGGCAUCUAAGAACCCACACGGCAGAGAAACCUUUUGAAUGCUCAGUGUGUGGAAAGAAAUACCGUCAGAAUUGCCAUCUUCAGCGGCAUCAAAGAACCCAUACAGGGGAAAAACCUUUUGAAUGCUCACAGUGUGGAAAGAAAUUCAUUCAGAGUUGCCAUCUUGUACAACAUCUAAGGACUCACACAGGGGAGAAACCUUUUGAAUGCUCAGUGUGUGGAAGGUGCUUUAAGUUGAGUGGCGACCUUCAUCGACAUCAAAGAACCCACACAGGGGAGAAACAGUUUGCAUGUUCAGAGUGUGGAAAGAGCUUUGGUCGGUGUAGCAAUCUUCAACAGCAUGUAAGAACCCACACAGGUGAGAAACCAUUUGAGUGUUCAGAGUGUGGAAAGAGAUUCCUCCAGUGUGGCCAUCUUCAACGGCAUCAAAGAAUCCACACAGGGAGAAACUUCACAGCUGCUAAGCCUGUGACGAGUCCUUGUCUCAUAAUGCAUACAUUAGCAGCAACCAAUAGAGUCCACACGGAGGUGAAAACAUAAAAACUAUGGGGAAGAAACCUUGCAACAGCAGUAGAAACAAGCCAACCAACCAGGUUCAUGCAUGAGAAACAGUAUAAAUGUUGGGAUUGUGGAAAGAGCUUUAGCCUUGAUUGAAGACUCAAACAGAUCUCAAGGAGAAGAAAGCAAAGAUGUGCUCUGAGGGUGGAAGGAGAUUACAGACUGGCUUUGCCCUCCUUAAGCACUAAGUA